AUGGAUGCUGAACUCUUCGACAAAAUGAAGAAACUGAUCGCGGAUCGACUCGAGAUCGAGGAGGACAAGAUCACCCUCGAGUCCUCGUUCCGACAGGAUCUCGGUGCCGACAGCCUGGACACCUACGAGCUCGUCUACGCGAUCGAGGAAGAACUCGGCAUCACCAUCCCCGAUGAGAAGGCGAACGAGUUCGAAACCGUAAAGGACGCGCUGGCCUACAUCGAGUCGCACGGCAAGUAG